GACAACGGCGGGUGAAGUACGGCUGGGAAGGCAGAGUCCGUGUUUGUAAAUAAGACCGUUAAAAACCUGUGUUUUAUUUACAAAAGUUAUGCCGGCUAAUUGUAAGUGUCGUACCCAGUUGUUUUAGAUCGUGUAUUUUUUUUUUUUUAACUCUUAUUCCUCGCUUGAUUUUCGUGUGGUUUUACACUACGCGUAAUGGCGAGCUCGGCUAACUCGAAUCAAGUGGUAAGGAUCAUUGUCAGAGGGUUAUCAGUGAGAAAGAACUGAUGGCAAACUACUAGCUGCCAAAAAAGGUUGGAAUUUUGAGUACAAGCAUAUUAAAAGGGACUGGAAGUAUUGUUGGCAAACAGUUUAUGUUCUCAUUAAUAAAAAUGAUAGCCCUAAGUACAACAAUCGGCCAUUUUAACCCAUUUUCGAAACCAUUUGAAUCUUCUGCAUUUUUUCAGAAUACAGCUGGGGAAUGGCGUUGGUAACUUGGGCUAAUGUUAUGUCAGAUGCAGUCAGAAACAAAACCAGAAGGCAAGUCUUUGGUUUAAGCUAACUACAUAGCUAGCUAAAUAGUAAAAUGUGACUUGAGCCUUGUUAAUUGCAAUGUAGACUAAUUUGCAAGCUUGGCUGCCAGCUAGCUAGCAUACAUCAGCCUACAUUUACUCGUGCGUUUCUUGGAUUUUAAAAAAAUGUGUUUCCUAGCUUACAAUAGUUUUUAUUGGGGUUGGGGUUAGAUCAGCUAGCAAUAGGUCUGUGCUGGUAAGUAAUACAUAACUAGUGAGAAUUGAAUGGUAGUUAGUAGUUUGCCUCGACGUAAGGUUACAGUUGGAAGCACCUUCUCAUCCAAUGCGGAUGUCGUUAAAUUCCAAUUUUAUCAGAAUUAAAACAUUGUCGGCUGGGAAGUAUUGCUUGAACAUUUCAAAAAGGUUAAAUGCCUCAGUCCACCAUUCCACGAACAAGGCUGUUAACCGCCAGCAAGCUUGCCCCAAGCCAAAUCUCUCUUCUGUUAUAUAUAUUUUUCUUUCGCUGGCCCCAUCUCUAAAAUUACAUAUUAACACACUAAAAUAAAACAAUCUAGAUACCAGCAAUUCAUUUUACAUCCAUCAUUCGAAUAGCGACUCCGAGCACGAGGCAAUGGUCGCUGACCCCGGCUCCGUAAAAUCGCGUCCAUGUCUCCUCUCGACGGUUGUGACCCUCUCCUUUCCGCAGCUCGGUUUUAUACAGCCAUAUUGCCUCUCUAAUAUAGCCUGCCCGGGAUGGGAAGGUGCUAGUGAACCCUACGUCAUUGGCUCUACAUAUAAACAUCAGACCGAGCUUUAUAUAGUGGGGAGAAAGAGGGAGACGGAGGUCCGCCACUGUGCGGACACAGGGGAAUAAGGACAGUGGUCGCUGUUGUUAAUGCGAUCAUUUUAGUUUCCAAAUUGUAUUGGUCACAUACACAUAUUUAGCAGAUGUAGCGAAAUGCUUGUGUCCCUAGCUCAGUGUGGGAAUGAUGGUCGAUUAUUGAAUGUUAGUGUAUCUUGUGCAUGGCCGAUUCAGUUUAGCUAGCUCCAACUGAUCGGUGUCUUUCGGUUGUUUACGUUUUGAGGAUACCAUAAAUGCGGAUUGAUUGCGAAACGAUUGCUGUGUGUUGUUGUUUAUGGUGUGAAAGCUCCCGUAUGCACAUUUGCGGGCUAGUCUUUAGAUUAUCUAGCUGGAUGCUGCAUUAUUGCUGCCAAUGCCAUGGCUAUCAUGAAACAUCAGUGUUUAAAUAGAUUUAGGUAGGCUAGGGAUGGGUAACUGGCGGGCGGCCCCUCUUGUAGGCCCGUGGACCAAUAAUAAAAAAUAAAAUUAAAAAAUGAAUCAGUCGGGGUCUCAACUUACUGUUGAGAGAUAUAAUAAAUAAGGUGCAAUUCAGAAAUGUUGGUUGUGCAUCAGUCACUCAAUCAGCCCAAGUUCGAUCGGUAAAUUACUCUAACGGCCAGGUAUCUAAACUUGUAGUAAGCAUGGUCGAAUUACCAACUGGUGUGGGGCCCAUUGAGCAUCAGUUAUCAUAUUAAAAACUGCAAACAUUUGCCUCCAUCCUAUGGCAAAAUUAGUAGAGUUGCAUGAAAUUAGUUAUAAAAUUGCUAAGUCUUCUCUGCCCCAUGGUAAAAUGUAUAGAAUUGCAGCAAACUUGCUUUAAAACUGCAACAUUUUCUCUACUUCCCUUGGCAAAAUGUGCAGAAUUGCAAGAAAAUAACUUUAAAAACAUUUAUCUUUGCUGUCACAAGGGGGGGGGGGGGGUAUGCAGAGCCACUGCGGCCCCUCAUGAUGACUAACGAUUUUUUUGUGGUCCCCAUCCUCAUCAAAUUUGCCCAUCCCUGAGGUAGGCAAUAAUCUCAUUUAAUUCAGGCCCCAUAACUUGAUGCUGAAUUGUCACAAUUUAUUCAGGAAUAAAAAAAUUAAACUGGGGGAUGUGAUGAAAGUCUGAACACUUUCAAAUUUACAAACCAUAAUUUAAUAAUUUAGAACUGAUUUAACAUAGUUUAGUUGUAAGAAUGGCACAUUUCUUCUGUUGCAAUUUUGGGGUUUCUAAAUUCAGUUAGUUUUGAGUAUGUUAUGGUAUGCAGUUUGACUGCCUUUGAACUUGUGGCAGGUAUUCAAUCUCAAAAUAUAUAUUUUAAACCAUAAUAAAUAUUGGAUAGUUCGUUGGCCAACAUUAUUUACCAAGGUGCAUUUCAGUUAUCACCAUGUGGAAUAAAUGUACUUAAGCAAUAAGUCCCGAGGAGGUGUGGUAUAUUGGCAAUAUACCACAGCUAAGGGCUGUUCUUAUGCACAACGCAACACUGAAUGCCUGGAUACAGCCUUUAGCUGUGGUAUAUUGGCCAAAUACCACAAACCCCAGAGGUGCCUUAUUGCUAUUAUAAACUGGUCACCAAGGUAAUUAGAACAGUCAAAAGUACACUACAUGGCCAAAGUAUGUGGAUACCUGCUUGUCGAACAUCUCAUUCCAAAAUCAUGGGCCAUUAAUAUGGAGUUGGUCCCCCCUUUUGCUGCUAUAACCAGCCUCCACUCUUCUGGAAAGGCUUUCCACUAGAUGUUGGAACAUUGCUGCGGGGACUUGCUUCCAUUCAGCCACAAGCAUUAGUGAGGUCGGGCACUGAUGUUGGGCGAUUAGGCCUGGCUGGCAGUCGGCGUUCCAAUUAAUCCCAAAGGUGUUUGAUGGGGUUGAGGUCAGGGCUCUGUGCAGGCCAGUCAAGUUCUUCCACACUGAUCUCGACAAACCAUUUCUGUAUGAACCUCGCUUUGUGCACGGGGGAAUUGGCAUGCUGAAACAGGAAAGGGCCACAAAGUUGGAAGCACAGAAUCGUCUAAAAUGUCAUUGUAUACUGUAGCGUUAAGAUUUCCCUUCACUGGAACUAAGGGGCCUAGCCCGACCCAAUGAAAAAUAUUCCCAGACCAUUAUUCCUCCACCACCUAACUUUACAGUUGGCACUAUGCAUUGGGGCAGGUAGCGUUCUCCUGGCAUCCGCCAAACCCAGAUUCAUCCAUCGGACUGUGAAGGGUGAUUCAUCACUCCAGAGAAUGCGUUUCCACUGCUCCAGAGUCCAAUGGCGGCGAGCUUUACACCACUCCAGCCGACGCUUGGCAUUGCGCAUGGUGAUAUUAGGCUUGUGUGUGGCUGCUUGGCCAUGGAAACCCAUUUCAUGAAGCUCCCGACGAACAGUUAUUGUGCUGACGUUGCUUCCAGAGGCAGUUUGGAACUCGGUAGUGAGUGUUUCAUCCGAGGACAGACGAUUUUUACGCGCUUCAGCACUCGGCGGUCACGUUCUGUGAGCUUGUGUGGCCUACCACUUUGCGGCUGAGCCGUUGUUGCUCUUAGACGUUUCCACUUCACAAUAACACUUAUUUGACCAGGGCAGCUCUAGCAGGGCAGAAAUUUGACAAACUGACUUAUUGGAAAGGUGGCAUCAUAUGACGGUGCCAUGUUGAAAGUCACUGAGCGCUUCAAUAAGGCUGUUCUACUGCCAAUAUUUUUCUAUGGAGAUUGCAUCGCUGUGUGCUCGAUUGUAUACACCUGUCAGCAACGGGUGUGGCUGAAAUAGCCGAAUCCACUAAUUUGAAGGGGUGUCCACAUAAUUUUGUAUACAGUGCAUUCGGAAAGUAUUCAGACCCCUUCUCUUUUUCCACAUUUUGUUACGUUACAGCCUUAUUCUAAAAUGGCUUAAAUAAAUAGUUUUCCUCAUCAAUCUACACACAAUACCCCAUAAUGACAAAGCAAAAACAGGUUUUUAGAUUGUUUUGCAAAUGUAUUUAAAAGAACUCACAUUUACAUAAGUAUUCAGAACCUUUACUCAGUACUUUGUUGCAUCACCUUUGGCAGCGAUACCAGCCUAGAGUCUUCUUGGGUAUGACGCUACAAGCUUGGCACACCUGUAUUUGGGGAGUUUCUUCCAUUCUUCUCUGCAGAUCCUCUCAAGCUCUGUCAGCUUGGAUGGGGAGCGUUGCUGCACAGCUAUUUACAGGUCUCUCCAGAGAUGUUCGAUCGAGUCCGGGCUCUGACUGGGCCACUCAAGGACACUUGUCUUGGCUUUGUGCUUCGGGUCGUUGUCCUGUUGGAAGGUGAAGUCUGAGGUCUUGAGCGCUCUGGAGCAGGUUUUCAUCAAGGAUCUCUCUGUACUUUGCUCCGUUCAUCUUUCCCUCAAUGCUGACUAGUCUCCCAGUCCCUGCUGCUGAAAAACAUCCCCACAGCAUGAUGCUGCCAACACCAUGCUUCACCGUAGGGAUGGUGCCAGGUUUCCUCCAGACGUGACGCUUGGCAUUCAGGCCAAAGAGUUCAAUCUUGGUUUCAUCAGACUAGAGAAUCUUGCUUCUCAUAGUCUGAGAGUCUUUAGGUGCCUUUUAGCAAACUCCAAGCGGGCUGUCAUGCGCCUUUUUACUGAGGACUGGCUUCUGGCCACUCUACCAUAAAGGCCUGAUUGGUGGAGCGCUGCAGAGAUGGUUGUCCUUCUGGAAGAUUCUCCCAUCUCCACAGAGGAACUCUAGAGCUCUGUCUGUGACCAUCAGGUUCUUGGUCACCUCCCUGACCGAGGCCCUUCUCCCCCGAUUGCUCAGUUUGGCCUGGCCGCCAGCUCUAGGAAGAGUCUUGGUGGUUCCAACUUCUUCCAUUUAAGAAUGAUGGAGGCCACUGUGUUCUUGGGGACCUUCAAUGCAGCAGACAUUUUUUGGUACCCUUCCAAGAUCUGUGCCUCGACACAAUCCUGUCUCGGAGCUCUACUGACAAUUCCUUCGACCUCAUGGCUUGGUUUUUGCUCUGACAUGCACUGUCAACUGUGGGACCUUAUAUAGACAGGUGUGUGCCUUUCCAAAUCAUGUCCAAUCAAUUGAAUUUAGCACAGGUGGACUCCAAGUUGUAGAAACAUCUCAAGGAAUAUCAAUGGAAACAGGAUGCACCUGAGCUCAAUUUAAAGUUCAUAGCAAAGGGUCUGAGUACCUAUGUAAAUAAGGUAUUUCUGUUUAGUAUUUUUUUUUAAUUAGCAAAAAAAUCUUAAACCUGUUUUCACUUUGUCAUUAUGGGGUAUUGUAGAUUGAUGAGGGGAUUUUUUUAAAAAAAUCCAUUAAAAAAAUGUUUGGAAUAAGUCAAGGGGUCUGAAUACUUUUUGAAUUUAAUUUUUUGUUAUACCCGUGCAUUCAGGGAUCAAACCACCCAGUUUAUAAUAUACAUUAGAGCGAUUCUAACAGUACUCUGUAUGUUUUCUCAGCCUAAACUUUACAGGUCUGUGAUUGAAGAUGUUAUCAAUGAGGUCCGGGAGCUCUUCCUGGAUGAGGGGGUGGACGAGCAGGUCCUCAUGGAACUCAAAACGGUGCAGAACUCUUCCUUCUAGUCACAUUCCAUUAUAGAAUGUUGUUCUCUCUUGUAUACCCUAGUGUUUGCUUCCCUUUUGUAGUUCCCAUCUGAUGUUGUUCCCACUAUUCGUAAUACAAUAAGUGUAUUUUUCUCUAUCGUAAGUUCUCUGUCCCUGUAGUUUUGUAAAAAGUAGAAUAGACAAUACAAAUGUCAAAAUGGUGGUCAACAGUCUACCCUCCAUUUUAAAGUUCCCUCUCCUCCCCUCUCCUUUAGCUGUGGGAGAACAAGCUAAUGCAGAGUAAGGCAGUGGAGGGCUUCAACACAGAGGAGCAGGCGGCCCUUCAGGCAGCAGCCCAGCAGGCCACCCAGCAAGCCCAGACACAGCAGGUCCUCCUGCCCCCGCAGCAGCAAGGUGAGUCCCAGGCUUCGGCCCUGACACACCACCUCUGUUGUACCCGUUAGGCUACAUUGGCUGUAUUUAGACAGGCAGCCCAAUUCUUUUUUUUUCUUCUCACAAAUUGGUCUUUUGACCAAUCACAUCAGAUCUUUUUCAGAACUGAUCUAAUUGGUCAAAAGACCAAUUAGUGGGGGAAAAUAUCAGAAUUUGGUUGCCUGUCUAAACGAAACCAUUAUGGGCUGGUUUCCCAGGCAUAGAUUAUGCGUAGUCCUAAAAAUGUUUUAAUGUCCAAUGGAGAUUCUAGGAUUUGGCUUAAUCUUUGUCCAGAGGGAUAUUUUAUGAAGCAGGUUUGAGGAGUUAGCGAGGUAACUUUGGUCAACUCUGAGUUUAACUCGGGAUAACCGGUCACACGAAAGUGGCUCACCUUUUAGCCAGGUAAUUUUCUAUGGCAACGAAUCCUUCAGAACUAACCUGCUCCGGGGCAGGCUAACGCAGGGCUAACUCCAUUUACCCAGAAUGAAAUGACUGAGCCACUGGUUGAGGACAAAUUAAAUCAGAUUCCCUCCCUCUUGCAAAGAUUGCAUCAUCCCCUUCAACUGAUUAAAUAUUUUAUUAAUCAAAUGUUUUUUUGUGUUAAUUAGUCAUGUUAAAAUAGUAAUGACAGAAUGAAUUUUAAACUUCACGCACAGUAACACUUUUGUAUGACUUAAAACAAUUAUUUUAUGAUAGGAGUGGGGAAAAGUACUCCCGAGUGGCGCAGUGGUCUAAGGCACUGCAUCGCAGUGCUAGCUGUGCCACUAGAGAUCCUGGUUCGAAUCCAGGCUCUGUCGUAGCCGGCCGCGACCGGGAGACCCAUGGGGCGGCGCGCACAAUUGGCCCAGCGUCGUCCAGGGUAGGGGAGGGAAUGGCCGGCAGGGGAUGUAGCUCAGUUGGUACAGCAUGGCAUUUGCAACGCCAGGGUUGUGGGUUCGAUAAAAAAAAAAAUGUAUGCACUAACUUAAAGUCGCUCUGGAUAAGAGCGUCUGCUAAAUGACUAAAAUGUAAUGUAAAUGAAAAGGGUGCUUGUGGUUGUGUAUUGAUAAACACACCAAAGACGGCAUUAAUGAUAAGUAAUAAAUUAAAGAUGUGCACUUCUAAACGCCUAUUUCACACCAUCGCCUGCAACAUUUUCUUUCAUUUCAAUGUACUCACCCAUGGAUUUAUGUUUCAGCAUUGUCUCAAUGACGAGUUUGGUGUUCGACUAGCCCAUGUACAAGCCUGCUAGAGUUAGCGGCAGGCGGACAAGCAAUAUCCACUGUUGUAGUACAGAUGAAGCCUGAGCUGGAUUGUGAAGCUAACUGAAGCUGGUUAUCUUUAGAAAACCCUGAGUAGAUCUAGCUUGCUUCGUAGGAUACCCCUCAGGAAACCUGUUCGAUAAGAUUUGCUAUAAGCCCUCGCCCUGUCAUACAGCCACAUCCAUAUCCUAAAGCCACAACCUUUAACAACUCUGACCACCCUCUUUCUGCCUACGUGGUCUACCUCUCGUGUAUAAGCAUCUUUGAAAGCACUAUGCUAUGUAACAACCCACAGUUCCCUGACACACCCCUUUAAAGCCACCUACCUUAGCCCCUGCCCUGCCUGCUAAAUUUGACCACCCUCUCUCUCAUUUAUAGGACCUUCUAUAACACUUCCCAUACUCACAAUGUAUUAUAUAAAUAUUUCUAAGUCCAUUAACCCAGGUACAACAGGUAUUUUUAAGGUUGCCCAAUUCAAAAUCCAUUUAAAGAACUGCUGAAAAUGAAAAUGGCUACCAUAUCUGCAAACGAUAUGAUUGAACAACAAUAAUGAAGGUAUUGAAAAGAGAAUCCGUUGUCAUUCACAGUGACGAGCUGGCAGUCGACCCGGCCUACUGUCACGAGCGGUAAUGUUUUCACAUGAUUAUUAUACACACACACGCGCGCGCGCGCACACACACACACACACACACACACACACAGACACACAGACACACACAGACAGACACACACACACACAGACACACACACAGACACACACAGUUUGUUCCAUCGACAAGAUGCUGUAUCAUACUUAUUACAUGUAUAAUUACUAAGGAAAUGUAAUAAAUAUACUAAUAUUAAUAUACUUCUAUAAUUUCUCUCUCCACAGCAUCCCAGCAGCAAGUCAUUGUGCAGGAUCCUAAGAUUCUGCAGCAUAUGAGUGCAACAGGGAUGGUGAGUGGAGUAGGGUGGUUGUCUGCAGAUGGACCACAAGUAUAGGACCAGAGUUUCCCCUCAUAGGACCCUUGAAUAAUUAAUUCAAAUCAGUUUUAAAACAUUACGAGUGACAGUUUCAUUGAUGUCAUAUGCCAACGGCAUUUGUAAAGUUAUCCACGAUGAAACCACUGCAGACAGAUUCCCCCCAGCUGGCCCAAUGCAUGUGUCAAUGAUGAGAGCCUCGCAGUUAUGACUGUCUUUCCUUGGAACUCACUCACAUGGAUUAUAGAAUAGCUGAGAGAUACACACACACACACACACACACACACACAGUGUAAAUGUGAGAGCUGAGCGUGACUGACCAGGCCAGCUGGAGGACAGAUGGAAGAGGGGGAUGAGGAGAGGAGGCCACGCAGGAAAUAAUUUACUGAGAGCUACGGAUUUCAGACUAGAUUACAGAGCAGAUAAACCUUGAUGAGCCCCCCUCCCCCCUCCUCUCUACACUCUUCACUAUCUCUCUGUGUCUCUCUCUCUCUCUUCCACCUCUCUCUCUUUGUGUGUUUUUCAGACUAGAUAGAAAGUUCUCUAGUUUCUGGUCUGUUUUCCCUCUCUAGCCCCUCCCCCACCUGAUGAUGUCUUCUCAACUGGCACCUGUCUUAGACAUAGAUACUGUCAUUCUGCACAGAAUAUAGGGUUAUUAUAGCAAAUUGAUAGGUUACAUUUUAAAUGCUUCUCCAGGUGUUGUGAAGAUCUGAUAAUCUGAGCAGACUCCAUCUCAAACAAGCACAUUCUUUCUCGCUCUCGCUCUGUGUUCCUCUCUCGCUCUGUGUUCCUUUCUCGCUCUCGCUCUGUGUUCCUUUCUCGCUCUCGCUCUGUGUUCCUUUCUCGCUCUCGCUCUGUGUUCCUUUCUCGCUCUCGCUCUGUGUUCCUUUCUCGCUCUCGCUCUGUGUUCCUCUCUCGCUCUGUGUUCCUCUCUCGCUCUCGCUCUGUGUUCCUUUCUCGCUCUCGCUCUGUGUUCCUUUCUCGCUCUCGCUCUGUGUUCCUUUCUCGCUCUCGCUCUGUGUUCCUUUCUCGCUCUCGCUCUGUGUUCCUUUCUCGCUCUCGCUCUGUGUUCCUCUCUCGCUCUGUGUUCCUCUCUCGCUCUGUGUUCCUUUCUCGCUCUCGCUCUGUGUUCCUGAGUGACUAGGGCUACCCAUCUCUCCUGUUCUGUGUUCCUGAGUGACUAGGGCUACCCAUCUCUCCUGCUCUGUGUUCCUGAGUGACUAGGGCUACCCAUCUCUCCUGUUCUGUGUUCCUGAGUGACUAGGGCUACCCAUCUCUCCUGUUCUGUGUUCCUGAGUGACUAGGGCUACCCAUCUCUCCUGUUCUGUGUUCCUGAGUGACUAGGGCUACCCAUCUCUCCUGCUCCUUGCCCGGUUAGUGAUGUGUUUUCUCUGUCUGACCUCUAGAGUGCAGCAACCACCACAGCAACCAUGGCCUUACCAACAGGAGUCAGUCCCUACCAACAACUCAUCACUAGCCAAGGUAUAGCAUUUAACAUCACACCAGCUCUAGUCUUGAUAAUAUAUUAGAACAGUACAUAUUGAUUGAUUGAUUAAAAUGUAUACACAGCCUUAUUGCUGCAGAAAGAUUACCUCACCAAAUACCAAUUUGUUUUGUUUUUUGUUCUGCCCCUGAAUUUCUUCUGUCCUUCCCGGGUGAUGCACAUCAGGCGGCAAUUUGCCCCAGACUAUGUAUCUUAAAACAGCGGACGGUGUGUACAACUUCUACUCCUCACAACAUUUAGGAAUGACAAACCAUUUUUCAGACUUGUUAAUAUACUUGUUUCUCAACAUUCCAACUGUUCUUGGUCUGGUCAUGGUUUCACUACUCUGGGUCUUGGGUUUAGUCUCACAAGGUUGGGUCUCUCUCCUCUGAUCUCCGAUCAGAUCCUGAACAUACUCUUCAUAGCUCUAAUACCGCUCCUCUCCCCUGUCCCUGACCCCAGGUCAGAUCCUGCAGGUGGUGCGUGCGGCUAACGGGGCCCAGUACAUUAUCCAGCCUCAGCAGCAGAUGGUCCUUCAGCAGCAGGUCCUUCCUCAGAUGCAGCCUGGCGGUGGGCAGGCCCCCGUCAUACAGCAGGUACGCCCCAUCACACAGGUAGGUCCUAUCACCGUCCUCCCACAUAUAAGCUCCCUGGUGGAGGUAAAGGUUUGAGCCCCCUGGUGCAGGUGAAGGCUUCCUGGUACAGGUAUAGGCCCCCUGGUACAGGUAUAGGCCCCCUGGUACAGGUAUAGGCCUCCUGAUUCAGGUAAGGCCUCCUGAUUCAGGUAAGGCCUCCUGAUGCAGGUGGAGGCCUCCUGGUGCAGGUAUAGGCUCCCAGGAGUUAGACCCCCUGGUGCAGGUAUAGGCCUCCUGAUGCAGGUGGAGGCCUAAUGGUGCAGGUAUUAGCUCCCAGGAGUUAGACCCCCUGGUGCAGGUACUCACAGUUAAACAACAUCAGGCCACUUGCUCACUAACCAGGUCCAGAAACAUUGGUCCUGUGUCAGAGCUGUGGUAGAUCUGAAUUGGGGUUCAUUCAGUUUUCAAUUCAAAAAGUGCCAUUGAAAACUGAAUGGUGGAUUCAAAUGGCCAUUACUGUGUGGAGUUUCUGUGGGGUGUAAUGCCAUGUUGCUGCCCCUCCCACCAGGUGCUGGCUCCUCUUCAGGGAGGACUCCCCCAGGUGUUGGCUCCUCUCCAGGGAGGCCUCCCACAGCAGACAGGAGUCAUCAUCCAGCCUCAACAGGUCAUCCUCACUGGGAACAAGGUCCAGCAGAACGCACAGGUCAGACCUCACUCACUAGUCGCUACGCAUGGCGCAUUAUACAAAGUGUUUAUUUUGAUAAAAUAUGCUUUAGUAUACCUACAUUCAAUGUAUUUUUACAUUCAGCUUUUGAGAGGCUGUAGGUAUGCAGAUGCCAAGAGGGAAUGUUUAAUGUUAUUAUACAGACGAUGAUGAUUCCUCUGGUGAACACCCCAUCCCACAUUCAACUAUCACCCACUAACCCAUCCUUCUCAACCCAUCUCUCACUAACCCAUCCUUUUCAACCCAUCCCUCUCUUCAGGUAAUGCAGAUGGCAGGCCAGCCCGGCCAGGUGCAGCAGAUCCAGCAGCAGGUCCAACAAGUCCAACAGGUCCAGGGUGGAGCUGCACCAGGAGGCCCACAGCAGCAGCAGGCCCAGCAGCAGCAGCAGCAGCCUCCUAUAAUGCUGCAGGUGGAUGGAGCGGGGGACACGUCCUCAGAGGAAGAAGAUGAGGAGGAAGAGUAUGACGAGGAGGAAGAUGAAGAAAAGGAAAAAGAUGGCGAGGACGGCCAGGUGGAGGAGGUGGGUAGUACUCUCAAUUAAGACCAAAGAAAGACUCACUGUUUACCUCAGAAUGUUUGUAUGAAAUGAUGUUCUCUUCCUUUUUAAUCUCAUCUGUAAAUCGAGGACAGUUUAAUUUGAUCUUGAUCUCAAUGACAUCACCAGCCAAGUCUAUAUUAACCCAACAAAUGAUUAAGCUAGCGUAACGUUACUGUAUUUUAAAUAAAUUAUUACAUCUAUUAAUAGGGUUGGCUACACUUCCAAGAUUACUAGCUAGCUACACUACUGUUCAAAAGUUUGGGGUCACUUAGACAUGUCCUUGUUUUCCAUGAAAACAUACAUUACAUGAGUUUGAAUAGGAAUAAAGCAAAAUGCAUAGGAAAUGUAGGUUUGACAAGGUUAGAAAUAAUGAUUUUUAAUAUAAAUAAUAAUUUUGUCCUUCAAAGAUUGCUUUCGUCAAAGAAUCCUCCAUUUGCAGCAAUUAUAGCCUUGACGACCUUUGGCAUUCUAGUUGUCAAUUUGUUGAGCUAAUCUGAAGAGAUUUCACCCCAUGCUUCCUGAAGCACGUCCCACAAGUUGGAUUGGCUUGAUGGGCACGUCUUAUGUACCAUACGGUCAAGCUGCUCCCACAACAGCUCAAUAGGGUUGAGAUCCGGUGACUGUGCUGGCCACUCCAUUAUAGACUGAAUACCAGCUGACUGCUUCUUCCGUAAAUAGUUAUUGCAUAGUUUAGAGCUGUGCUUUGGGUCAUUGUCCUGUUGUAGGAGGAAAUUGGCUCCAAUCAAGCGCCAUCCACAGGGUAAGGGAUGGCGUUGCAAACUGGAGUGAUAGCCUUCCUUCUUCAAGAUCCCUUUUACCCUGUACAAAUCUCCCACUUUGCCACCACCAAAGCACCCCCAGACCAUCACAUUGCCUCCACCAUGCUUUACAGAUGGCAUCAAGCACUCCUCCAGCAUCUUUUCAUUUGGUCUGCGUCUCACAAAUGUUCUUCUUUGUGAUCCAAACACCUCAAACUUCAAUUCGUCUGUCCAUAACACUUUUUUCCAAUCUUCCUCUGUCCAGUGUCUGUGUUCUUUUGCCCAUCUUAAUCUUUUCUUUUUAUUGGCCAGUCUGAGAUAUGGCUUUUUCUUUGCAGCUCUGCCUAGAAGGUCAGCAUCCCGGAGUCGCCUCUUCACUGUUGAUGUUGAGACUGGUGUUUUGUGGGUACUAUUUAAUUAAACUGCCAGUUGAAGAGGCGUCUGUUUCUCAAACUAGACACUAAUGUAUUUGUCCUCUUGCUCAGUUGUGCACCGGGGCUUCCCACUCCUCUUACUAUUCUGGUUAUAGCCAGUUUGCGCUGUUCUGUGAAGGGAGUAGUACACAGCGUUGUACGAAAUCUUCAGUUUCUUGGCAAUGUUUCACAUGGAAUAGCCUUCAUUUCUCAUAACAAGAAUAGACUGAUGAGUUCCAGAAGAAAGUUAUUUGUUUCUGGCCAUUUUGAGCCUGUAAUCGAACCCACAAUUGCUGAUGCUCCAGAUACUCAACUAGUCUCAAGAAGGCCAGUUUUAUUGCUUCUUUAAUCAGCACAACUCUUUUCAGCUGUGCUAACAUAAUUGCAAAAGAGGUUUCUAAUGAUCAAUUAGCCUUUUAAAAUGAUAAACACAACGUGCCAUUGGAACACAGGACUGAUGGUUGCUGAUAAUGGGCAUCUGUACGCCUAUGUAGAUAUUCCAUAAAAAAUCUGCCGUUUCCAGCUACAAUAGCCAUUUACAACAUUAACAAUGUCUACACUGUAUUUCUGAUCAAUUUGAUGUUAUUAUAAUGGACCAAAUAUUUGCUUUUCUUAUGUAAACAAGGACAUUUCUAAGUGACCCCAAACUUUUGAACGGUAGUGUAUUUACACUAAAAGUAUUUGGACACCCCUUCAAAUUAGUGGAUUCGGCUAUUUCAGCCACACCCGUUGCUGACAAGUGUAUAAAAUUGAGCACACAGUCAUGCAAUCUCCAUAGAAAAACAUUGUCAGGAGAAUGGCCUUACUGAAGAGCUCAGUGACUUUCAACGUGGCACCGUCAUAGGAUGCCACCUUUCCAACAAGUCAGUUCGUCAAAUUUCUGCCCUGCUAGUGCUGCCCCGGUCAACUGUCAGUGCUGUUAUUGUGACGUGGAAAAGUCUAAGAGUCACAACGGCUCAGCCGCGAAGUGGUAGGCCACACAAGCUCACAGAACGGGACCGCCGAGUGCUGAACCGCAUAGCGCGUAAAAAAACGUCUGUCCUCGGUAGCAACACUCACCACCGAGUUCCAAACUGCCUCUGGAAGCAACAUCAGCACAAGAACUGUUCAUCGGGAGCUUCGUGAAAUGGGUUUCCAUGGCCGAGCAGCCGUACACAAGCCUAACAACACCAUGCGCAAUGCCAAGCGUCGGCUGGAGUGGUGUAAAGCUCGCCGCCAUUGGACUCUGGAGUAGUGGAAAUGCAUUCUCUGGAGUGAUGAAUCACGUUUCACCAUCUGGCAGUCCGACAGACGAAUCUGGGUUUGGCGGAUGCCAGGAGAACGCUACCUGCACCAAUGCAUAGUGCCAACUGUAAAGUUUGGUGGAGGAGGAAUAAUGGUCUGGGGCUGUUUUUCAUGGUACGUGCUAGGCCCCUUAGUUCCAGUGAAGGGAAAUCUUAACGCUACAGCAUCCAAUAACAUUAUAGACGAUUCUGUGCUUCUAACUUUGUGGCAGCAGUUUGGAGAAGGCCCUUUCCUGUUUCAGCAUGACAAUGCCCCCGUGCACAAAGCGAGGUGUAUACAGAAAUGGUUUGUUGAGAUCGGUGUGGAAGAACUUGACUGGCCUGCACAGAGCCCUGACCUCAACUCCAUCGAACACCUUUGGGAUGAAUUGGAACGCAGACUGCGAGCCAGGCCUAAUUGCCCAACAUCAGUGCCCGACCUCACUAAUUCUCUUGUGGCUGAAUGGAAGCAAGUCCCCACAGCAAUGUUCCAACUAGUGGAAAGCCUUCCCAGAAAAGUGGACGCUGUUAUAGCAGCAAAGGGGGGACCAACUCCAUAUUAAUGCCCAUGAAAUUGGAAUGAGAUGGUCGAUGAGCAGGUAUCUACAUACCUUUGUACCUUGGAUGUUUCUCUGAUGAUCUGAUGAGAAUCUGAGGAAGCUAUGUAACUUGUAACUCUUAUCUUAAAAGCACGUCUCGGCUGAUGAUGAUGAUGAUGAUAUAGGGGCUAACUGAAUAUAGGGGAAACACUGGAUUAGGAGUGAAGGGAUAGAUAUAUUAUUAACCGUCCCUUGAUCUCUCUCUGUCUCAGGAGCCUCUGAACAGUGAAGAUGAUGUGAGUGAUGAGGAGGACCAAGAACUGUUUGAUACAGAGAACGUGGUGGUGUGCCAGUACGACAAGGUAAGGUAUCCCCAGAUGGACAUUAUUGUGUGAGACUACAAUCCGGUAAGGCCCCCAGAUCCUGUAUAUGAGAAACCACAGUGAGGAAACCCUAGACUUCGUGUGUGUGUGUGUGUGUGUGUGUGUGUGUGUGUGUGUGACAGGUAUCCACGUCUGCUCCCCUCCUAACGUCCACACUGACACUGUCCCAUUGGUUCCUCUCCUCAGAGCCACAGAAGUGUAUACACACACACACACACACACACACACACACACACACAGUAGUGUGAGAGGUAGCCCAUUCUGCUCCCCUUGCCCACACUCCUAACGCCCAUUGGUUCCCCUCCUCUCCUCAGAUCCACAGAAGUAAGAACAAAUGGAAAUUCCACUUGAAGGAUGGGAUCAUGAACCUGAACGGCCGAGACUACGUCUUCUCCAAAGCCAUCGGGGACGCAGAGUGGUAAAACACACAACACAAAGUAAUGCGUCCCAAAUGGCACCCUAUU